UUACAGUUUCUGCUGCUAAGUGAGGAUCCACAAUGGGAGACAAGAAGAUUUGGGAGCAAAUUGGAUCCAGCUUUGUUCAACAUUACUACCAGUUAUUUGAUAAUGACAGAACUCAAUUAGGAGCAAUAUAUAUUGAUGCACCUUGCCUUACACGGGAAGGGCAGCAAUUCCAACACAAAGCACCCAUCCUGGAGAAAUUGUCUAGUCUUCCAUUUCAGAAAAUACAGCACAGCAUCACAGCUCAGGACCACCAGCCCACACCUGACAGCUGUAUACUCAGUAUGGUGGCGGGGCAGCUGAAGGCUGAUGAAGACCCCAUCAUGGGAUUCCACCAGAUAUUUCUAUAAAAGAACAUCAAAGAUACUUGGGUGUGCACCAACGACAUGUUCAGG